UGACACAGCACGCGAGGCUCAGGUAACUACUUCCGGGUCGUUGCCCCGGCACCAGGUGACGCUUUGUUUGCGGCGGUAAACAGAUUUCAUUGAUUGCGCGAGAGAGCACUAUCCGCCACAAGCUCACGGGAUUUAAUACUCCAGAAGCCGACAGACUGCUCAAUAUUUGACGAAGGAUCCGUCUUUGGGGAGGAUUUUAGUUAGGAGUUGGGAAAGGCGACCAAACCAUGGAUAUAUCCACCAGUGCAAGACGCUACCCAGAAACAGGUACAAGUUACAGACAAGAAGAGCUGAGAUCGCUUGAAAACCACAGAACGCCCAUCUACAAGGAAUGGAUCAAGAUAGGUUCGCUAGGGGGCGCCGGCAACAUUCAAAAGGUCGUCCCAGAUCCUCAGGUACGGCGAGAUCGCCCCACCGUGAAGGAAGGUGUAUAUAAAGGUUCCCGUAUCUACGACCGUUACGAGCCGACGGCCACCCGUCCCCAGCCGUGGAAGGGCCUGGGUCCCGAGCCGGGGGCGCGGUACGUCAAGGUCGACCCCGACUACAUCUCCCACCGGCACCGGCCGCUCGUCAACCCGGACGUCAGCCGGGGCGACAUCACCGAGCUGCCGCACGCCAACAGCCUCCGCUCCUUCGCCGGGGCCGACGACUGCAGCGUCCAGUCCCCGUACGGUGCCAUGAUGCUGCCGCCUAACCCCUACUACACCCGCUGGCCGCAGGGAGUCUACCCCGACCCGCGAGGGCCCGUCUUCGACCCGAAGCCCGACUGGCCGGCAUGGAUCGAGCCCCGGGAGCCCUACCCGCCCUUUCCCGAGUGUAACAACCGGCCAUGGCAGUACCGGAAUCCGGAACCACCGCUAGCUCAGCCGAGAACGGAACGGAAAGAGGCUUUCCACGAGAUGAUCCUGGACACAGCAAGACCAAACGAGCCCCUGAACCUGCCCUAUCCACCGGAGAGGGACCUCGACAAACCACAGAAGGAAGAACCUAUUCUCAUCCCGGCAUAAAUGUGAACAACAAGGAUAUCGAUAAUGUCACCAACAAACAAUAUCUCAGAGUAACCCGACUAGCUAUGCAAUCACGUUGACAUAGAAGAAAUGUUUUAAGAACAAAUAACUUUUACUCAGAGUUAAUUAGAUAUACUAGUGUUGGUCAACCUUGGUAGUACUUCUCGAUCAUUAAAUGUAUAAUAUAGUGUAGAAAUCACUUUUUAACAAAUUGUGUAAAAGGUAGCUCUGUCCAUUAUUUUAAAAUGUAUACUAGUAAUUCAGAACAUUAUAGUUACUAGUACAUUUACUUAGCUUUCGUUCAGGAAACAUAUGCCUUAUGUCGACGACUUUAAAACAAGAAAUGAUCUUGUUUUAAAAAAAUCUAACAUUUUCCAAAUGAGGUCAAUAGCACUAAUCGUUGACAAACAACACUUAACAACUGUAUAAAUUAUGCAAAUGUACAUACUUUCUUUUGAAUAAAUGAUUUGGCUGAAGUA